AUCGAUCAUCUUCUACAGCACCACAUUCAGGGUAAUUGUAGAAGCCCACAUCCCACGCACAAGUAGUAUGGCAUAGCGAAAUAGAUUUUUAUUUAUGUAGCAAAUCCGUACUUCUUCAUGUCACAGUGCACAUCACUGGUACGUAGCACCAAGUUCGUGCAUGUUAUUCUGGCUUUAACUUUAAUGGCACGAUGGGCGCUUAUGGGGACGGGAGCACUUUAAACACAACCUUCAUCAUCUAGCCUGUCAUCCUCAAUGGUUCGUGAAUGCAAUGCGUGUAUCGAGCCCUCCAGCAAGCUUAAGCGCUGCUCUGGUUGUCACAAAGUCUGGUACUGCUCUAUCACUUGCCAAAAGUCUGAUUGGGUACGGCACAUCUUUGCCUGCAAACCCCGUCGCCCCAUCAACACCGCAGACCACCUAGCACUCGCAGUCAGAAAUGACCUUCUACCGCACGAUCCACAGACUUGCAAGGAUUAUGGGUUUGACCGUGCCCUCACGGCGGAGAAUAACAGCAAACUUUUCGGCUUGUAUAUUGGGUUGAUAGAACGCAUGGAUAUUCCUGCAAAGACCAUCAAUGAUUGGCGAGUCAGGGGUGUGCUUGUAGAAGAGAUCAAAGCAGCAUACUCCCAGAUUCCCGCUCAGUCCAGAGGCGGUUACUUUCCUUGGUUCCUGCAGAACCAACACCUCCUUACUACGUCUCCUCAGGCUGCUACCGACAGCCAGUUGAAUGACGAACGCGAUAUCAUGAUUCGGCGCGCAUGGCACUUCACUGGAGGCGCAGAGACCGACUCGCCGGAGGACAUAAGAACCAGCAUAGCUAGGAUGCCCCGGGACAAACGGAUGUGCCAUUUGUUCUAUGAAUUGCUCUUGAGUAAAUGGUACCCUGCACCGUUCCAUAGCCUCUGGAUACCCUUUGGGUUCUGCUCAUGCGCCAACGAAGCGGAGGAGAUGUGUCUGGGUAGACUUUACCAGGGCCUCAUUACCAAAUGCACAUUCGACGAAUUUUGUGACGCCUUCUCCUCCGCACGUAUCCUUAAUCUCUUCCAUGAGAAGGGAAUUUCCGUAAACGUUCGAAACCUUGGGGACGCCCUGCAGGGCCAUAAUACGAACAAGUCUGUCUGGAGCCUCAAGCAGUUUGCCAUCCGGACUGAUGAAGAGAACGCGAAGGCUGCAGUUAGAUCUCCCUUUGCGUUCGAUUAUGGGUUCAUGAAUUGCAGGAAUGAUUCUGAGAAACAGGCGCUGAAGAAAGUUUAUAGGACAUUUUUCGAGCGCCGUGAUGCGGAUCCGCUGGCGCUGCACGAUGCUGCCAUUCACGGGAACAUUUUCGGGUAUAUUAGGAGCUUGAUGAAGUUGAACGCAAAGUACGAGCGGCUGAUGAAAAAUCCGUACCCCCUGCCCGACGUUGAAUGAUUUGACUUCACAUUAGUGCUACUUACCAUCUUCCAAUCCUCUCGCGAAGU